AUGCACACUUCUUCAAUUAAUAGCAUAGAGAAACGGCUUAGAGAAGAAGAAAGAAGUGCUGUCAAACAAUCGCAGUAUCUCAAUGAAAAUGUGCAAAACCUUACCUUUAGUGGUUGCUGUCAUAGUCAAAGCAGAUCAUGUAUCGAGCACAGUAUAUAUAAUAGCAACAGCAUCUGUCAAUCGAUGAAAGUUCCGCUCGGCCAUUUAUCUUCAUUCCUGCAGGAAGCAUCCCAUAUUUUGAUGGGUGCCAUAGCUGUACAUGAAAAUAAAGUAUGCACCACGAUACCACAAGAAUUCCGCGGAGAAGGUACCUUUGUUAUAAAUUGUGAAAAUCUCGAUCGUUCUGACUCCAACAACGACGGCCUAGGAAUGUGGGGUCGGCCAAACGGACGGAAUCGUUAUUACGGUCAUUCUUCAUGUGGCCUCUUCGCAAGAAUGGACGAUGGCAGGGGUAAUCUUCUCCCUGACGCAAAGUACAUAUGGAAAUGUAUGAUGCGACGAUAUGAGCAUCCUAUGACCACGAGUGUAAAUAGAGGUCAAAAUCGUUUUAUUAAGAAAGUGAGCUAUUUUAUAUUUUUUGUAGUCGCCCGAUUUGUUGUCACAUUCACAGCGUCACAGCUCAACGCAUGCAUUUCGCAAAACGGCGUCAUGGCCGCUCUACCUGCGACUUGUUCUGCGUAUUUUGGUGACUGCCCAUUAUAUGCUGUGGGAGCAAUUGAUUUUAAUGCUGUAGCCUCCAUUAUUCUAGGUGGAACCAUAGUAGAACCUUCAAAGAUAUGUAAUAAAGUUCCUCAAGGAUAUCGAGAGUGUGGUACGUUUAUUAUUGAUUUAUGCAACUUCGUUUCCGACGCCGAAUUAAGAAGAGAUGACAAUGGAUGUUGGGGAAAGCCGGCUGGAAAUUCGAGGUAUUACAAAAUUGAUUCGAGUACGGGUGAUGCCGUGAGGGUUGACCGUUGUUGCAAACUGAUUGAGGGAGCUGAAUACGAUGUACAGAUUCUGUCUAAAAGAUACGAACAUCCACUAGUUAAUGGAAGAUUUGUGCGUAAAAUUUACACCGCCAGAACUCCAUCCAACUCUAGGUAA